AUGCAGAAAAAGGAAGAAACGGCGACGAAACCUGAAGGAGAGGAGAAGCCAAUGGAUAGUGGUAACACUGUCGUGGUGAUGAAGCUUGAUAUGCAUUGUGAAGGUUGUGGCAAGAAAAUCAAACGGCUCUUGAAACAUCACAAAGGCGUAGAAGAUGUGAUGAUUGAUUAUAAGGGUGACAAAUUGACGGUGAUCGGAAACGUGGAUCCAACGGCAGUUCGAGAUAAAGUCGCCGACAAAAUUAAGAGAAAGGUUGAUAUUGUCUCUGCAGUGGCGCCGAAGAAAGAGGCUCCUCCUCCUUCUCCUUCUUCAGGCGGUGAAAAGAAGGUGGCGGAUGAGAAACCUGCCGAGAAGAAGAAAGACGAAGGAGAGAAGAAAGCUCCUCCUUCUCCACCAAAAGAGAGUAUGGUGGUUCUGAAGAUGAAACUACAUUGUGAAGGUUGCGAGCACAAAAUCAAAAGAAUUGUCAACAAAAUUAAUGGAGUUAAUUCAGUGACCAUUGAUAGCGCCAAGGACUUGGUGAUGGUUAAGGGGAUCAUUGACGUUAAACAAAUCACCCCUUACCUCAACGAGAAGCUUAAACGCAAGGUUGAAGUUGUUCCCGCCAAAAAAGAAGAGGGAGCCACCGUGGCAGCUCCAGCUGGUGGCGAGAAGAAGGACAAAAGUGCUGGUGAGAAGAAAGAGAAUAAAGAUGUCGGAGAAAAGAAGAAAGAAGUUGAUCCAGCCGAAGGAGGAGACGGUGGUGUUACGGUGGAUGUGAAAAAAUCAGAGUAUAGUGGUUAUGGUUAUCCACCUCAGCCAAUGUAUUACUACCCACCAGGACAACAAGUGUACGGUCAACACUACAUGAUGCAAGGUCAAUCAUCAUCUCAAUCCUAUGUACAAGAACCGUAUACUAACCAAGGAUACGUACAAGAAUCGUAUACGAAUCAAGGUUACGGUCAAGGGUAUGGACAAGAAUCGCCACCACCACAACCGUAUAUGAAUUACCAAGGAUAUGCAGAUCCUUAUGAUCCUUAUGCUCAUAUGCGUGCUCCUCAGAUGUUUAGUGAUGAGAAUCCAAAUGGUUGUUCUAUUAUGUGAGUGAGGUGAUUGUAAAUAAUAAAGGAAUAUAGGGAGCGAAAUGGUAUAUAUGACAAAAUUUGUAAUACUAAAACCGUGAGAUUGGCCGGUUUAGAACCGGUUUUUGAGAGGCGUGUGUUAUAUGUUGGUUGGUUUACUCUAUUGACUAAUAUAGAUAUAGUUUCUUCUAUUAUAAGAUUGAGUCCUUUUGCUAGUUUCCGGAUUUUUUUUCAUUUUUCUUUUGUCAUAUUCUUGUAAUAGGUCCUACUACAUCA